AUGAGUCAAAGUGUUACUAUCAUCACACCGCGACGACACGAGGCUGUUUCUCUGUGUGUGUAUGUGGUAGUUGUGCUUUUCCUUUGUGUCUUUGCUCUUUACUUCUCUCUUUCUCAAACCGACCAAACCAAUUCAUUGUGUCUCUCUCUCUCUCUCUCUCUCUGUCUGUCUUGUCUCUCUGUCUCUCUCUCUCUCUCUUUUGAUCAGCGCAGAGCUCAGGACCUUUGCAAACCUGUUUUAGAAGUAGUACCAGUCACCGACAUUAUGCAGCCGCAACAAGGUCCCUCCCAAGAAGAGGUCAUGCUCAUGCGUGCCCAGACCAUGCAGACUUUUGCCGUCUUUGCUGCGUAUUGCGCCGUGCUGCGUGCAAGCGCGAGCCAGCACUCGUGCUACUCGCAAUAUCGGUCCCCCAAUUCAGUUCCUGUCGCCUCGUUCUUCUAA